UUACAGCCUAACAGAGAGAGUUCAAGUCAUUGAAAAUACUUCAACAAGCUAGCUUCAUAAGACAUAUAACCAGAAUCAAUAUAUCAAGAAGAUGGCACUAUCAAAUUGGUCUGCGUAUAACAUCUCUGCAUUAUGGUCUUAUGCCCGUGAUGGGAAAAGGCUAAGCUGUCUUUCCCAGCGCAAUAAUACGAGCAUCGUCGGGAUUGUAGGGGCAAGCAACCUCAGAAUUAACUUGGGUUCUGACAGCAGUUGCUGGAAACGCACUACCAGAUUUAUUAGAGGUUCCCAUGCCAGUUGUUAUGAAUUAACAAGCAUACGGUCGCUACAAGUGAGUGGAAGAUACGGGAUACAUUCUCUGACAGAAGGAAUGCGUUAUAAUGUGCUGAUUGUGGUAGAGUUGUUACAAACUUGCAUUACUGGGCCGCUGACAUGCACUCUUAUUGAUUCCACCGGACAUAGGCAUGACUCCAAGAAGUAUUACUGUUCGCAAAUGGUGAAGAACCAAAUCAUAAGCCUUCAUGUUGGCCAGUUCUGUGCCCGCAAGUCGUUAUUUGGCUAUGGAGAAAUCAACUUCUCCGUAGUCAACACUGAUAAAGAACGGAAGCAUGGUAUCGUCGUGAUUGGAGCUCUUGUUGUGCCUGUAAAGUAAAAUAGGCCGGGAAGAAAGUCUGGAUAGAAAUGGGCAUACCUACAUUGAAAAGUCCCCCAUAUACAUCAAUACACCAAAAUCCCAUAUGCAGAGGAAUUUCUACUGUUU